GGAUCGCACCCACGGGGAGAUGAUUCCUCAUGAAGAGCCUGGAUCCCCUACAGAAAUCAAAUGUGACUUUCCGUUUAUCAGACUAAAACCAGAGCCAGUCCGACAGUGAAACGGUCACCGUGGAGGGGGGACGGCGAAAAAUGAAAUCCAACCAAGAGCGCAGCAACGAAUGCCUGCCUCCCAAGAAGCGCGAGAUCCCCGCCACCAGCCGGCCGUCCUCGGAGGACAAGGCAGUGCCCAGCGACAACCACCGCGCGGAGAAUGCGGCAUGGCUCCCCGGCGCCCGGGGCCACGUGGGCGGGCGGCUAGGACCGGCGGGGCCCCCGGCGGAGCUCGGUUUACAGCAGGGAAUAGGUUUACACAAAGCGCUGUCCACGGGGCUGGACUACUCCCCGCCCAGCGCGCCCCGGUCCGUCCCGGCGGUGGCAUCCACCACGACGAUGCCCGCGGCAUACCCGCCGCCCCCGCCAUCCGGGGCCCCCGUGUCCCCGGUGCAGUACGCCCACCUGCCGCACACGUUACAGUUCAUCGGGUCUUCCCAGUACAGCGGGCCCUACACCGGUUUCAUCCCUUCCCAGCUGAUCUCGCCCACGGCCAGCCCGGUCACCAGCGCGGUGGCCUCGGCGGUGGGCGCCGCCACGCCUGCCCAGCGCUCCCAGCUGGAGGCCUAUAGCAGCCUGCUGGCUGACAUGGGCGGGCUGAGCCGAGCCUCCGGACACAAGGCUGAGCCACCGCCACCGCCGCCACCGCCGCAGCACCUAGGCCGGACUGCGGGGCUCCUCCCCCCGGGGUCCCCUCCGCCCCCCCAGCAGAGCCAGUACGUGCGCAUCUCCAGCUCGCCGCAGAACACCGCACGCCCGGCCUCGCCGCCGACCCUCCCCGUCCACCUGCACACGCACCCGACCAUGAUCCCACACACGCUCACCCUGGGGCCCUCCCCGCAGGUGGUCGUGCAGUACACCGACUCCGGCAGCCACUUUGUCACCCGCGAGGCCACCAAGAAGGCCGAGAGCAGCCGGCUGCAGCAGGCCAUGCAGGCCAAGGAGAUGCUGAACGGGGAGGUGGAGAAGGGCCGCCGGUACGGGGCGCCCCCUGCGGCCGACCUGGGCCUGGUGAAGGCAGCCGGCAAGGCGGUGCCCCACCCCUACGAGUCCAGGCACGUGGUGGUCCACCCCGGCCCCGCCGACUACAGCGUCCGCGACGCGUCGGGGGUACGGGCCUCCGUGAUGGUCCUGCCCAACAGCAGCACCCCCGCCGCCGACCUCGAGGGGCAGCAGGUCACCCACCGGGAGAACUCGCCGUCCGCCCUCAACGACAAGAGCGGCCUGCACUUGGGGAAGCCCGGGCACCGCUCCUACGCACUGUCCCCGCAGCAGGCGCUGGGCCCCGAAGGCGUGAAGGCCGUCGCCACGCUGUCCCCGCAUACGGUCAUCCAGACCACACAUAGCGCCUCGGAGGCCCUCCCGGUCGGGCUGCCGGCCACGGCCUUCUACGCGGGCACGCAGCCGCCGGUCAUCGGCUACCUGAGCAGCCAGCAGCAAGCGAUCACCUACGCCGGCGGCCUGCCCCCGCACCUGGUCAUCCCGGGCACCCAGCCCCUGCUCAUCCCCGUGGGCAGCGCCGACCUGGAGGGGUCGGGCGCCGCCUCGGCCAUCGUCACGUCGUCGCCCCAGUUUGCUGCAGUGCCUCACACGUUCGUCACCACCGCCCUGGCCAAGAGCGAGAACUUCGGCCCUGAAGCCCUGGUCACCCAGGCCGCCUACCCGGCCAUGGUGCAGGCCCAGAUCCACUUGCCCGUGGCGCAGUCCGUGGCCUCCCCCGCCGCUGCCGCGCCCCCCACGCUGCCGCCCUACUUCAUGAAAGGCUCCAUCAUCCAGUUGGCCAACGGGGAGCUGAAGAAAGUGGAGGACCUGAAGACAGAGGACUUCAUCCAGAGCGCGGAGAUCAGCACCGACCUGAAGAUCGACUCCAGUACGGUGGAGAGGAUCGCGGACAGCCACAGCCCCGGCGUCGCCGUGAUCCAGUUUGCCGUCGGGGAUCACCGAGCGCAGGUCAGCGUGGAAGUUUUGGUAGAGUAUCCUUUUUUUGUGUUUGGACAGGGCUGGUCAUCCUGUUGCCCGGAGAGGACCAGCCAGCUCUUUGAUUUGCCAUGCUCCAAACUCUCCGUUGGGGACGUCUGUAUCUCGCUCACCCUCAAGAACCUGAAGAACGGCUCUGUUAAAAAGGGCCAGCCCGUGGAUCCAGCCAGUGUCCUGCUGAAGCACUCAAAGACCGAUGGCCUCGCUGGCAGUAGACACAGGUAUGCCGAGCAGGAAAACGGGAUCAGCCAGGGAAGCGCCCAGAUGCUCUCUGAGAACGGCGAACUGAAGUUUCCCGAAAAAAUAGGAUUGCCGGCCGCGCCCUUGCUCACCAAAAUAGAACCCAGCAAGCCCGCGGCCACGAGGAAGAGGAGGUGGUCAGCGCCCGAGACCCGCAAACUGGAGAAGUCGGAAGACGAGCCACCUUUGACUCUUCCCAAGCCUUCUCUCAUUUCUCAGGAGGUUAAGAUUUGCAUCGAAGGCCGCUCUAACGUAGCUCUGCAGAGUUUCUCACGGAGCAAGAUGCUGAAAGUUUCAAAGUGGUUUCAAGGGAUGAAUGUGAAUUAUGAACUUGUAUGUGACAAUGAAUGACCACCAAGUACAGCCUGACAGGAGGCACUCUUCACUUUGAUGUCUCAGAAAGGAGUAAAAAGCGUAUGCAGAGCUGGCAGAGGAACUGAGAGGGAAGGGAUGGGGAAAAAAAAAAAAAAAGAAUACUCACUUUUGUCCAGUGUUUUUCUUUUUAAGACGAACUUUUAAAGAACCUUGCGAUUUGCACAUCUUGAGUUUAUAAAUUUGUGUGAUAUUCCUGCAGUUUUUCUCAAAUAACAUUGUGGGAAAGGCUUGGGGGACUGAACGAGCAUAAAUAAAUGUAGCAAAAUUACUUUCUAACCUGCCUAAACUCUAGGCCUUUUAUAAGGUUAUGUUCCUUUCA